AUGUCCAACUAUCCUUACGCCCCCCCUCCGCCAGCCCCUUCCGCCGCAUCCCCGAGCCCAUAUCCUCCUUAUAGUCAAGGCCCAGGAUAUGCUCAUCCACCACCACGCGGUGGUCACGCUGCGGCGGCGGGUGGCGGCAGAAGCCAUGGUCACCAUCAGGGACCUGCCCGAACUGAAUAUGGCUCACCAUACUACCAGCACCAAGACUACAACUCGCCUAGUGGUGGCCAUUACAGUUCUUCGCAGCCACCAACCGCUUAUUGGCAGGGAGCUCCGCCUGUGAGCCAUGGUCACCCCAGCAGCUCCUCGCUCCCAACCAGUUAUGCUCCUCCCAAUUAUGCCCCACAGACGUUUAAUGCACAGCCAGCCCAGCCCUACCCACCACCAUACCCUAGUCCGGCAUCUCGUCCUCCUUACGGAGCUGCAUAUGGUCAAGCGCCCAGUGAGUAUGCUCAACCUCCUCAGCAAUGGGGUGAGCAAAGUCAAGCAUACCCGCCCUAUUCAAGUCGCGGCGGACGUGGUGGCGGCUACCCGAGUGAUCGAGGUGGUCCUCUACGUAACCCAUAUCCUCCUGCGCAUCAUCAGCCAGCUCCUCUUCAACAGCCACCAUAUGGCUACCCCCCUUCUACUGCUCCGUCAUAUCCCGGCCUUCCCCAGACUCACUACGGAUCAAACAGUAAGGGACAUGGUCGUGGUGGUUACCCUCAUUCGAAUAGAGGAGCUCAUGCGAUUAACAAUGACCGUGGCGAGAAGUUUCGUCAUAGAGAUCAGAAACCGCACCAGUCAUUGAACCAUCAGAAGUCUGAUCCCGCUGCCGCAAAGAAGAAGAAGCGUAAGACAAACACACUCGGACUAACUCCAGGAGAAGACGAUUCCGACGAUGGUGUGGAUGAGGAGAAGCGCCUAGAGGAGUUGCUUGGCGCAGAUGUUCCGGGUAUUCCCGAUGGCGACCUGGCAAAGUGGAUAGCAGCACGCAAAGCCAACUACCCUACCAAGGCUCGCGUGGCGCAGAAAAAGGAAGCAGCGUUGGUAUCGAAGCCGGUCGCUGAGGUCCAGGACAGCAAGGAAACUGUCACCGUUGAAGUUGAUCCGGUCGAGAAAGAAGCCGAUCGUUUGCGUAAGCGAUUGGCCAAGCUUGACCGUAAGAUUGAAAAACGCAAGCGGGCCCCUAAUGACGAAGGAGACGAAAUGCGAUCCGAGUCCUCGGAUGACGAAUCAGAUGACGAGAAGCCUGAAUCCUUGCCGACUGACAAGUCAGCCACGGGCUUCCUGCCUCCUCCACCCAUCACACGAGCCGACCCCUCGAACCACUGCAAAUACUAUUCUACGGGAGGUAUAUGUGGUAAGAAGGGCAAGUGCCGUUUUGUGCACGACCCAGCUGUUCGGGAGGCUGCGCUUCAGGAGCGAACGAUGAAUGGAGGGCGCAUGACACUUAAGCAACGUCUUCUGCUAAAUGACAAGGACCAAGAGGAUAAAGAAGUGAUCAAGACGAUCGUGGAAUUGCGCUCGAGCGGACGCCUACACGAUCCUCAGAAUCCACAAGUCCACGCUGAUCGUGAAGCUCAAGAAAAAGCCGCCGCCGUGGCUUCCGUAUCUUCCGUGUCUUCGCUCCCUACUACGGGUGGGGAGGCUAACCUCCCUCCCAAUCCCUAUGCGCAUCUCAAGAACGCUGACGCAGCUGCACGGUACCGCAAGCCCAAGAAGUUCAAUGAUUGGGCGCCCGUUAAACACCCAGCGUGGAAUCCUCCUAGCUAA